AUGUCAUCUGACGAAGAUACAAGGCCUACUCAUAAUGAGCCCACAUUUAACUAUAGCGACGAUGGUGGAGAAUUGUCUGAUCUUGAAGAUGAACAAUAUUCCGAUGGUGGACACAACGAUGAUGGUCGUGGGCAUCUCGGAAAUGUUCACGAUGAUUUACCUCCAGAACCUGUAGCAGCAUCAAUCCACAAACUUCCUUCCUUCAAAAAAAGAGACCGAAACAUUUCCGCAGAAGAGAGUGUAAGAUUAGAACAGGUUCGCAAGGAAUUGCGCGAUCAAAAAGCACACAUCGUGGAAAAUGAUGAACCAGAAGAAAUAGAUCCCCAGCAAGCUCUUAGGGAUGAAAUUGAUCAGCACUUUGCCCGUGCAUUGGCUAGCGGAAAAAAGAAGAGAAAGAAGGUGGAUGAAGAUGACCUAGAAAGAAGUAUGGACGAAGAAUUGGCAAACAUGAGAGAUGCUAUGAAAUCUGCAGCAGAAUAUGAUGCCGUCUCCAACGGACAGAGAAAACCUGCGGUUGCGAAACUUAAGAUGUUGAGUCAAGUUACAAGCAUGUUGACAAACAAGCAUCUCCAGGAUAGUAUUCUGGAUAAUCAGUUGUUGGAUUCUAUUCGAUUGUGGUUAGAACCUUUACCUGAUCGUUCCUUGCCAAGUUUGGAUAUCCAAACAGAAAUGCUUGACAUAUUGGAGAAGUUGCCAAUUGGUAGUGAUCAUCUCCGGGAAAGUGGUGUCGGUAAGAUUGUAUACUUCUACACAAAAUCUCCAAGGGUCGAAAUGCGUAUCAGAAGAAAGGCAGACCAGCUUGUGGCAAAGUGGAGCCGACUGGUAAUUAAGCGUAGUGAGAACUACCGUGAACGUCGACAUGAACUCAGAGAAUAUACUCAAGAUGACAGGCAAAAGUAUAGACCUGACCCAGUAGAAGAAGAGGGUGACGAGAAGAGACUACAUGUCAGAAUUCCUCAGGCAGUCGCUGCCGACUAUGAUAUUGCACCACAAAGCACUGUCCGUGUGGAUAAAGUCAAGUCCAGACCCGAUAAUUCUUCCUUCAGGAGACUCAAAAACACAAUGCGUGCUAUAAAAACUGGGCCAAAACGGUCAACUCCAAAAGUAUCUAUCGAAGGAAAAAAUUUGGGUACUUGA